GGGGACCAGGCGGCGGAUCCGGCUGCGGCGGGCGGCGCAGACGAUGCAGCGGCCGCCCAGGUGGCCGAGCAGGCGCCGCCGGCGGAGGCGGCGGCGGAGCCAGCGGCAGCGGAGGAGCCAGUGGCAGCGGAGGAGCCAGCGGCAGCGACGGCGCCAGCGGCGGCAGGCGGCGCCCACGAUGCAGCGGCCGCCCAGAUGGCCGAGCAGGCGCCGCCGGCGGACACGGCAGGCCAGGACGAAGACAUAGACGCGCCAGAGGGCGCCGACGGGGUGGUCGGAGAGCAGCUGGUGCAGUGGGAGGUGGAGGUGGUGGAGGAGGCUGUUGCCGCGGAGGAGACAGCGGGCGCUUUGCCCGAGGCGCCCGCGGUGAUCGCAGCGACUGCGGCGGAGCAGCAGCAGGAGGGCUUGGAGCAGGAGCAGCAGGACGAGGAAGAGGAGGAGGAGGAUUGCGCCGAGGGCGAGCUUGAUGCCGUGGAGGAGGAGAAGCAGCAGGAGGAGGAGCCUGGAGAUGAGCUGCCAGCCACGGAAGACUUGGGGGACGAGGCGGCAGAGGUGGAUCCCACGGCGCGAGAUGCCGCAGCUGCUGGGCAGGCGGCCGCUGACCUGCCAGUGGCUGAGCCGGUUGCUGCGCAGGAGGUGCCAUUUGAGGAGGCGCCAGCUGAGGGCACAGCUGCCACGGCGGGUGACUCGGCGGAGCCCGCGAACGAGGCGCUGCUGGAGCCCGCGUGCGAGGGAGCAGGCGCCGCGGCGAGCGAGGCCGCGGACACGCCCACCCCGCAAGCUGCGGCCGCGGAGUGCGCUGCUGCAGAGCAGGCGCCAGCGCAGCAGCAAGAAGAGGAGGUGCCAGCGGCUGAGCAGGCCGGCCAGGAGCAGGAGGCGCCUGAGGAAGCGAAGAAGAGCAGCGGCACCCGCGGGGCGCGAAAGGGGCGUGCGCGCGCCACCGACGGCAAAGAGCCAGCACGCGCCGACGUUCCAGGCCCAGAGGAGGCCGAGGCCAAGGCGGAGGGCGCAGCUGGGCAGCAGCUCGGCGGGGACAAGGCCGUCGAGGACGGCGCUGCAGCGGACCCGCCUGCGCGCCGCGGCGGAGGCGUGUCGCGUGCGAGGUCCGCGGCCGCCGCGCGCGCUGCCAAGGCGGCUGCGGCGGUGCCGUCGCCAGACCCCAAGCAGGGGCCGUCGCCGGGGCGGCUGGUGCAGUUUGCAGACGAGAAGGACGCGGCUCUGGGCUCGACGGAGCAGGCGGCCGAACAGGCAGUGCUGCCCAAGCGCACCGGCAAACGCGGCGCCAAAGCAGCGGCCACGCAGGACGAGGAUGCGCCUCGAGAGGCGCCCGCGCCGGCCGCCAAGCGCGGCGGCCGGCGCGCGGCGGCGGUGGCGGCCGGCGCCGCAGAGGCCCAGGCCGAGGCGGCGGCUGCAGAGGUGGCGCAGGCCGAGGCGGCGGCGCUCGCGGUCAAGAGGGGCAGGUGGGCCCGGCCGGCGGCGGCCCCAGAGGACUUUGCACCGCCUUCGGUCGAGCCUGAGGCUCCGGCGCCCAAGCAGGGCCGCCGCGCCAAGGGGGGCGAGCCGGCAGGCGGCAUGGAGCCCGUGCAGAAGAGUGCCAGCUGCAGGGGCCGGGGCAAGGCCGCAGAGGAGCAGCUGCCCGCGGAAGCGGUUGAGCCGCAGGCGGCGCUGAAGCGCAGCGGCAAGCUAAGGCGGGCUGCUGCGGCGCAGGACGCCCCGCCGGCAGAUGCUGCGGCGGCCGAGCCUGAGGCGGCCGAGCCUGAGGCAGCUGAGCCUGAGGCAGCCGUCAAGCGUGGGAAGGCCAAGAGGGCUGCGGCGGAGGCGGCGCCGGCAGCUGAGGAGGCGGCGGCGGAGCCCGAAGCUGCCCCCAAGCGCGGCCGGGCCAAGAGGGCAGCGGCAGCGGAGGCGCCGGCGGUCGAGGAGGCCUUAGCCGGGGCAGCCCCCAAGCGCGGCAAGGUCAAGAGGGCCGCCGCAGCUGAGGAAGUGCCGGCGGCAGAGCCCGAGACUGUCACGGAGCGCAGCGGCAAGGCCAGGAGAACAGCGGCGGAGCCGGCCACAGAGCCUGCGCCGGAUGUGCGUGGCGGGGGCAGGCGUCGCGCGGCGCCAGCCCAGGCGCUGGCAGCCGAGGGGGUGCAGGAGGAGGCCGCCCCAAAGAUGAAGAAGAAGAAGGCUGGCGUGCGCCGCGUCAGCGGCAUCGAUGCUUCGGGGGAGCAGGAGGCCGAGGAGCCUGCAGAGGCUCCCCCGCGCGGCAGCCGGGGCACGCGUGCGGCGGCAGCGGGGGCGCAGGAGCCGGCGGCGCGAGGGAAGCGGGGGGUGCGGCGGCAUGACGUGGGGGAGCGGGAAGAGGAGGAGGAGGAGGAGGGCCCCAUGCCAGCGGCAAAGAAGGCGGCGAAGCGCCCGCGCGCAGUCGAGGGCGAGGCGGCGGCGCCGGAAGCUGGCGGCCGCACGGGCCGCCGCACCGCCAGGGCCGCGGAGGCCGAGGAGGUGCCAGCGGCCGCGGCGGCGCCGGAGGCGGGGACGCAGAAGCGCGCCCGCAGCAAGGCGGCUGCAGAGGAGGCCGCAGUGACAGACGGUGAUGAGGAACCCGUGGGCAAGGCGGCGCGGCGCGGCGCGCCGACCAAGGGCAAGGCCACCAAGGCGUCCCCAGCAGCCAAGGCCAAGCCAGCACGCAGCGGCAAGGCGCAGCGCGGCGCGCAGGAGGAAGAGCUGCAGGCACAAGUGCCGCGCGCCACGCGCGCGCGGGCGCGCGGCUGA